ACCAGAAUGGUCUCUAAAUGCCUUGCCAAGUUCCAUUUGUGCGGAGUGAGUAACUGUUUAGGCUGCGAGUCUCUUGCCACCGGCGCAUGAGUCCCCCACGCCUGUUUCUGUUCCAGCAGCGGCAGCACGGAAUACUCCGUGUCUUCUUCGCGAGGACACCUGGCACACUCUUGAUGUGUUUGGCCUGGGAACGUUCACACGAGUCGCCCGCUCGGCUUGGGUCUCCGCACGCUCCGAACUGGUGGUUAAAAACUCCGAGCGGGUAACAGUAAACGCGCUGCGCUGACGGGCUGCAGGGGGUGGAGAAACACACGGCUCGGCGCGCCUCUCUCUCUCUCUCUCUCGGCUUGAGCGCGGUGAGAAGAAGUCGGCGGCGAGGGCUGACGGAGGGAGAGGUUCAAGGGCGAUUCGCGGCCGGCUCGCAGCAACUCGCAUCCCGCCGGGGGAAAGAGAGGGAGGGAGACAGACGCGGCUGCUGCCGCCGCCGCCUGAGCCGCCCCUGCUAGCCUCCUGCCCCGGCUGGUCUGGAUCACCAUGACGGAGCCGAGCAACAGAAAAGAAGGAUUCAAAAAAUGCCGGAGCGCCACUUUCAGCAUCGACGGCUAUAGCUUCACAAUCGUUGCCAAUGAGACGGGAGACAAAAAUGCUCGGCCACUUUCACGAUUUGCUCGGUCAAAAUCUCAGAACUGUCUGUGGAACACCAUUAUUGGUGGGCUCACAGGGAAUCUUAAGGAAAAGCAGAAACCAACUAUCAUCUACGACCCAAGGCCUCCUGAAGAAAUCUUGGCAGACGAACUGCCGCCUGUCGAGAGUCCUGAUGCGCUAGUGAAAACAUCGUUCAGGUUGCGAUCAUUGGUCAAGCAGCUAGAGAGAGGAGAGGCUUCUGUCGUUGACUUGAAAAAGAACUUGGAAUAUGCAGCUACCGUACUUGAAUCUGUGUACAUUGAUGAAACCAGGCGUCUGUUGGAUACCGAAGAUGAGCUCAGUGAUAUCCAGUCAGAUUCUGUGCCCUCUGAGGUACGGGACUGGCUGGCUUCCACCUUCACACGGCAGAUGGGGAUGAUGCUGAGAAGGACUGAGGAGAAGCCAAGGUUCCGAAGCAUUGUCCAUGCAGUUCAAGCUGGGAUAUUUGUGGAGAGGAUGUACAGGCGAACAUCCAAUAUGGUUGGACUUAGCUACCCACCAGCAGUGAUUGGGGUGCUAAAGAAUGUAGACAAGUGGUCUUUUGAUGUAUUUGCACUGAAUGAUGCUAGUGGGGAUCAUGCACUGAAAUUCAUUUUCUAUGAAUUGCUCACACGCUAUGAUUUGAUCAGCCGUUUCAAGAUCCCAAUUUCUGCUCUGGUCUCUUUUGUGGAAGCUCUGGAAGUUGGCUACAGCAAACAUAAAAAUCCAUAUCACAACCUAAUGCAUGCAGCAGAUGUCACACAGACUGUUCAUUACCUCCUUUUUAAGACGGGUGUAGCGCACUGGUUAACUGAGCUGGAAAUCUUUGCAAUGAUCUUUGCAGCCGCCAUCCAUGACUAUGAGCACACCGGAACCACCAACAACUUUCAUAUCCAGACACGGUCAGAUUCAGCCAUUCUUUAUAACGAUCGGUCUGUGCUGGAAAAUCAUCACCUGAGUGCAGCUUUUCGCCUUUUGCAAGAUGAUGAAGAGAUGAACAUUCUGUCUAACCUCUCCAAGGAUGAUUGGAGGGAAUUCAGGACUCUGGUGAUUGAGAUGGUGCUGGCGACAGAUAUGUCCUGUCACUUCCAGCAAAUCAAAGCCAUGAAGAACGCAUUGCAGCAGCCAGAGGGAAUUGACAAACCGAAAGCCUUAUCACUGAUGUUGCAUACUGCAGAUAUCAGUCAUCCUGCCAAGGCAUGGGAUCUCCAUCAUCGCUGGACCAUGUCAUUGCUAGAGGAGUUCUUCAGACAGGGUGACAAAGAAGCAGAAUUAGGGCUUCCUUUUUCCCCUUUGUGUGAUCGCAAAUCCACUAUGGUUCCUCAGUCUCAAGUAGGUUUUAUUGAUUUCAUUGUGGAGCCCACUUUCACUGUGCUGACUGACAUGACAGAGAAGAUUGUAACACCUCUCAUUGAGGAAGCCUCCCGCUCUGGCAUGACAGGGUUUAGGCGUUCCAGUCUGAACAGCAUUAGCCCCUCGGAAGUUAAAAGAUCAAGUGUCAAGAGCACUGGGUCAGAAGGAAGUGCCUCACUCAACUGUUCGAUCCUCACUGUGGACUUCAAAUGUUUUAAAACCACCUGGACUGAAGUGGUGCAACAGAACAGGGAGAAGUGGAAAGCACAAGCAACCAAAGAAGAAAAAGCGAAGAAGGAAGCAGAGGAAAAUUCGCAGCAGGAUGCAGAUGAAAAGAGAACAGAGGAAAAUGAAGGGAAAAAGCCAACGGAGGAAACAGCUGCCACCAAAUCCGAAAACAGUAAAGAAGGAAAUUCGGGAGACAGUAAGAGCACAGAAGCCAGUAAGAGCAAUGUAAAUGGGACUCGUCAAACUAGUGUUAACAAAAAUGACGCUUCUCAAGGGAAGAAUGUAACUCGGGCAGAAAAGGAAACAGAUCCCAGCUCAACAGCAAGAGACCAGAAACGGCAUGUACAGAAUGGUUCAAAGCAACGCACAAAUGACGCGGCAGUACCAGAUUCCUCAAAUCGGCUUACUUUGCCAGCCAUCAAGCCUGAGAUACGUAGUUCAAAGAAACCCAACAGCCUCUCGAACACCACUUUCCCACCCUUCCACAAGAAAACCGAUGAAUACAUGGUGAGAUAUAAGCUGCUUGACCAGAGAGGAAGAAUGAAGAAAAUUGAAAAUAUUUCUCAAAACUGGAAUAGAAAAUAGAGAGGAAAGUUCUGCUUUCCUCCUUCUUUUCAGUCACUGAAGGAAAACAUUUGGGAAGAUGUACAAAAGACCAACACUUUAAAAUGCUUUGAACUCUAAACAAAUUAUGAAAUAAUCCAAAAGGCAAGUAUAUAAUGUAGAAAAAGAAAAUCCGUGGAAAGAUUCUCUAGAUGCAUUCACCUUGGUCCACCAAAGACGAACUGAAUGAAGACGUUCAAAACCCACAAACCAGGCAUACAAAAUCAUGCUGCAAGGGGCAAUACCUCUACUGUCUACAGAGCAACCAUUUCUGUACACAGAGCAUCUCACACACCACAGUCAUAACCUUUUGUACACCCAAGAGCAACUUUUAACCCCCUGGUGACAACACGGGACCCACUAAGUUGCCAGCCUGUGAGAGGAAGUCAUGUGAUGAUGAAGUCAUGUGACAUGAAGGGGGGGCAGAGUUAUGAUUCCAUUGAUGUCCAGAUUAGGACCAUGGAUAGCAGACCAAGAGACCCAGGGACAAUAAAUACAAGCUGAGCACCAAGAGCUACACCACAGUGAGAAGCAAGCUAAGAUCAGAGCCAUGGAACCCUCUCCAUUGCUCAAUGACCUAGCCUCACUGUCCCACUGCUUCUUUCAGUGUGUAUGUGAAGAGAGGCAAAAGGUGUUAAUGUUAACAGAAAGCCCUUCAAAAAUUGACAGAAAAAUAGGUGGCUCCCCUCUC